AUGACUGUCAAGGGCAAGAAGAAGGGCCUCUCCCAGGUGUCGCUCAUUUUUGCCUGCGGGACCGCACUCUUUUCUGAUGGCUAUGCUAACGGGGUCAUUGGGAAUGUGAACACGAUCUUGACGCGAAUCUACGGAAAGGAAGAGGUGAAUAAGCACAACUAUAGCCAGACGCUCUCCGGCGUCGCCUUCGCAGGGAUGAUCGUCGGCAUGUUGGUGUUCGGCUACAUGUCUGACAGGCUUGGCCGGAAGUUCGGGAUGAUGCUCGCGACAGGAAUAGUCGCGGUAUUCUCUGGGCUUUCAGCCGCAUCAAGCGGUGCCCAUCACAGUGUCGGCGGCAUGCUGUCCAUGUUGAGCGCUAUGCGGUUUGUGGUCGGCAUCGGCAUUGGGGCAGAGUAUCCGUGCGGCUCUGUGGCAGCCUCUGAGCAGUCGGAGGAACCAACAAUCUCCAAGAUGGCACAGCAUCGGUGGUUGGCGUUGUCGACAAAUACGAUGAUUGACUUCGGGUUUGUUGUCGCUUCAUUCGUACCGCUCGUUCUAUACUGGAUUUUCGGCGCUGAUCACCUACGAGCUGUGUGGCGGCUCUCCUUGGGCCUCGGUGUCGUCCCCGCCGUACUCGUCUUUCUUUGGCGGCUAAACAUGGAAGAGCCAACCCGGUACAAGAAAGACUCGAUGGCGCGCGCGAAGACACCGUACUGGCUUGUCGUCAGACGGUAUUGGAAGGACCUCCUUGCCAUCAGCACGACGUGGUUCAUCUACGAUUUCAUCACCCAUCUGACUGCUCUUUUACCCGCUCUACAGUUCGACAUCUACUCGUCCAUUGUCGUUGACAAUAUCACCGGAAACGCGUCUUCCCUCAGCAUCGUCUUCGGCUGGAGCGUGGUCAUCAACCUGUUCUACAUGCCAGGCACAAUCUGUGGGGCCUUCUUGAUUGAUUAUUUAGGCCCAAAAUACACCAUGAUCCUCGGGCUGCUGUGCCAAGCGACCAUAGGCUUUAUAAUGAGCGGUCUAUACGUUCAGCUGACAGAUCACAUUGCAGCCUUUGCGGUCCUGUACGGGAUAUUCUUGAGCUUCGGCGAAUUAGGACCUGGUAAUUGCACCGGCAUGCUUGCUGUGAAAACGGGCCCUACAGCUAUCCGCGGGCAAUUCUACGGCAUUGCGGCCGCAGUAGGGAAGGUCGGGGCGUUCAUCGGCACCUGGGUCUUCCCUAUAAUCAUCGACAGGUUUGGGGGAAGCAACACGGUGAGAGGCAACACGGGCCCGUUCUGGAUAGGCAGCGGCCUCGCGAUUCUCAGCGCACUGAUCACUCUGUUCUUCAUCCGGCCGUUGACACAUGACGGCAUGGCCGAGGAGGACCGCAAGUUCCGCGAAUACCUCGAGAGCAACGGUUACGACACGUCCCAGAUGGCAGUACACCGCAUGCCGCACUGA